UUAAACCAGUCAAACUGGUAUGAAUAAAAGAGAGUAAAAGGAAAACUACUAAUGCGUCAGGAGUAAAACACAAAAUUACCUUCAAAAUGAGCAGAUCUCGGACACAGUUCACAAAGAAAGAAGAGAGUCUGAUUCAGGGUUGGAGAUCAGACUCAGCUGGACUGAGCUGCGUCUCCAUGAAAAGUGAGCAGUCAAUGAGACUUCCACUUCUGUACCAAAACAGUAACUCUAUAACCAAACUCAGAACCCAGAAGAGUACAAUGAGAUCAAAAACAACUAACACAAAAGAGUUGGAGUCUGUAUUUAAGGAUCUGGAGCACAAAGUCAUCACUCUGUUAAAGAAUGAGUUGAAAAGAUUUAAGAAGCUCCUGAGUCCAGAUUACCCAGCAUGCACUGAGAGGGAGGUGGAGGAUGAGGAGGAUCAGAGCAGUGUCAGAGAGGGAGCGCUGAAGAUCACACUGCACGUCCUGAAGAACAUGAACCACACAGAUCUCGCUAACACACUGCAGAGCAAAAUUGACAAACAAAAACUGAAAUUCAAACUGAGUGAGAAAUGUAAAAGAAUUAAUGAAGGAAUCUCACAGCAUGGAAGCUCAGCACUUCUGAAUGAGAUCUACACAGAGCUCUACAUCACAGAGGGUUGGAGUGGAGACGUCAAUAAUGAACAUGAGGUGAGACAGAUUGAGACAGUGUCCAGGAGACCAGCAACACAGGAGACAUCCAUCAAAUGUAAUGAUCUCUUUAAAGACGAGUCCAUCAGAAGUGUGCUGACUAAAGGAGUUGCUGGAAUUGGAAAAACAGUCUCUGUGCAGAAGUUCGUUUUGGACUGGGCUGAAGGAAAAGCAAAUCAGGACAUCACCUUCAUGUUUCCACUUCCCUUUAGAGAGCUGAAUCUGAUGAAGCAGAAAAACCUCAGUCUUAUGGAUCUUAUUCGGAACUUUUUCAUAGAAAUAAAAGAUUUACAAAUAAUAGACUGUGAGGUCAGCAAAGUGCUGUUCAUCUUUGACGGUCUGGAUGAGUGUCGACUUCCUUUAAAUUUCCAGAAGAAUGAGAGAGUGUGUGAUGUGACAGAGGCAGCCUCAGUAGAUGUGCUGCUGACAAACCUCAUUAAGGGGAACUUGCUUCCCUCUGCUCUCCUCUGGAUCACCUCUCGACCAGGAGCAGCCAAUCAGAUCCCUCCUGAGUGUGUAGACCAGGUAACAGAGGUACGAGGGUUCAGUGAUCCUCAGAAAGAGGAGUACUUCAGGAAGAGGAUCAGUGAUCAGAGCCUGGCCAAUAAAAUCAUCUCACACAUAAAGUCUUCAAGAAGCCUCUACAUCAUGUGCCACAUCCCAGUCUUCUGCUGGAUCUCAGCCACUGUUCUAGAGAGAAUGUUGGGUGAAGCAGAGGGUGGAGAGAUCCCCAAGACAUUGACUCAAAUGUUCACACACUUCCUGAUCUUCCAAAUAAAACACAAGAACAAAAAGUACCAUCAGAAAUGUGACCCUGAUCCUCAGCAGACCAGAGAGAGUAUCCUGGCACUGGGAAAACUGGCUCUCCAACAGCUGGAGAAAGGAAACCUGAUCUUCUAUGAGGAAGACCUGAGAGAGUGUGGCAUUGAUGUCAGAGAAGUGUCAGUGUACUCAGGAGUGUGUACCCAAAUCUUCAGAGAGGAGUUUGGGCUUCACCUGGGGAAGGUCUUCAGCUUUGUACAUCUGAGUGUUCAGGAGUUUCUGGCUGCUUUAUACACAUUUCUCUCCUUCAUCAACAAAAAGAUUGAACACCAAAAAAACACAAAUCUGACUGAUCUUUUCACCACAUCAAGCAUGUCUGAUUUCCUGAAGGGUGCAGUGGACAAGGCCUUACAGAGUGAGAAUGGACACCUAGACCUGUUCCUUCGCUUUCUUCUGGGUCUCUCACUGGAGUCCAAUCAGACUCUCUUACAAGACCUACUGCCUCAGACAGGAAGCAGCUCUCACAACAAACAGGAAACAGUCAAGUACAUCAAGAAGAAGAUCAGGAAGAAUCCAUCUCCAGAGAAAUCCAUCAAUCUGUUCCACUGUCUGAAUGAACUGAAAGAUCAUUCUCUAGUGCAGGAAGUACAACAUUACAUAAACAAAGGAGGCUACAGUUGUCUCAGAGGAGUCAGACUCUCCCCUGUUCAGUGGUCAGCUCUGUUGUUUGUGCUGCUAAACUCAGAAGAGAAUCUGGAUGUGUUUGAUUUGAGGAAAUAUCACAGAUCAGAGGAAUGUCUUGUGAGGCUGCUGCCAGUCGUCAAAGCAUCCAGAAAAGCUGAACUGCGUGUGUGCAAAAUAAAGUCAAAAAUAGGCAACACAUGGGAUAUCAUAAACAGUGCAAAAUUCAAGGUCAAACAUAUAAACAGGACUAUAAACCAUAUUAAUGUUCUAAUGAAUCAUAAAUUCUCUCCCAGUCUGUGUGACUGUAAUCUCACAGAUGAAAGCUGUAGAGUUCUGUCCUCAGUUCUCAGCUCAAACUCCUCCAGUCUGAGAGAACUGGACCUGAGUUACAAUAACCUGCAGGAUUCAGGAGUGAAGCUGCUCUCUGCUGGACUGGAGAAUCCACACUGUACACUGGAGACACUGAGGCUGGAACGCUGCAGUAUUACAGGUGAAGGUUGUGCUGCUCUGGUUUCAGCUCUGAGGUCAAACCCCUCAUCACACCUGAGAGAACUGAAUCUGAAACACAACCAACCAGGAGAAUCAGGAGUGAAGCUGCUCUCUGAUCUACUGAAGGAUCCACACUGUACACUGGAGAAACUACAGAUGCAUGACUGUAAACUUACAGAGGAAAGCUAUAAAGCUCUGUCCUCGGUUCUCAGCUCAAAUUCCUCCAGUCUGACAGAACUCGACCUAAGUGGCAAUAACCUGCAGGAUUCAGGAGUAAAGCUGCUCUCUGCUGGACUGGAGAAUCCAGAGUGUACACUGGAGACACUGAGGCUAUGUCGGUGUGAUCUCACAGAAGAAAGCUGUAGAGUUCUGUCCUGCGUUCUCAGCUUAAACUCCUCCAGUCUGAGAGAACUGGACCUGAGUGACAAUAACCUGCAGGAUUCAGGAGUGAAGCUGCUCUCUGCAGGACUGGAGAAUCCACACUGUACACUGGAGACACUGAGGCUGAUACGCUGCAGUAUUGCAGAUGAAGGUUGUGCUGCUCUGGUUUCAGCCCUGAAGUCAAACCCCUCAUCACACCUGAGAGAACUGAAUCUGUCUGGUAAUCAACCAGGAGAAUCAAAGGUGAAGCUGCUGUUUGAUCUAUUGAAGGAUCCAAACUGUAAACUCGAGAAACUACUGUGA